GUUAAUAAGUAAGUGCACUGGUCAUGGAGGCAUCUGAAGUUCAUCCCUGGAGACCUGCUCAGCGUCUCCCAAAAAACAAAAUGAGAUGACGACAUAUGGAGAGUCAAAUAGAGUCAAAUUUGAGUGGAAUAUCAACCUUUAAAUCCACCAUUAUCCUGAUGUAGAAUGAAGCUGACGAUUAUUUUUCUACAAGACUCAAGUUUGAGACACAUGAUCGGACAGAAAUCGCCCAUGUUGGCAUUAUGGGUUGUGGUGCCUCAGUAACUACUGAGAAUCAAGGACGGCUGUCGGAAAUCAAUUUGAUAGUCAAGCCUCCCGGCCCUAUACUGACGAUGAAAGCUGCCAUACUGAUCCAGCGCUGGUACCGGCGUUACAUCGCCCGGCUCGAGAUCAGGAGACGAUACACUUGGAACAUAUUUCAGUCUAUCGAGUACGCAGGAGAACAGGACCAGUUACAGCUUUCCAGCUUCUUCAGCUUCAUGUUGGACAACUUCACACAGCUCAAUGGAAAUGGACCAGAUCUGAUCUCUCACCUGCUGGACCCAGCCUUAGAUCCAAUAACCGAGGAACUCCGACAACAAAAGUACGAGCAGAUUACGGCCCCGGAGUCGUACAGCGGCCCUCGGAUCUCCUUCCCCCUGAGUGUCAGUGAUACCAACGCCCUCCUCAGCGCCUUCAAGGAGGAGCAGAUUCUCCAUGCCAAAUACGUGCUCCGGUUACUUCAGGAGACGCAAAAGCUUCUAAAACAGAUGCCAAACGUCAUUUACCUGUCGUCGUCCUACGCCAAGGAAAUCACAAUCUGCGGUGACCUACAUGGGAGACUAGAUGAUUUGCUCCUUAUAUUCUAUAAGAAUGGUCUGCCAUCUGCUGAGAAUCCCUACAUAUUCAACGGGGACUUUGUAGACCGUGGCAAGAAGUCCAUGGAAAUCAUCAUCAUCCUCUUUGCCUUUCUGCUCCUCUACCCAGAUCACAUGCACCUCAACCGAGGCAACCAUGAAGAUCACAUCAUGAACCUGAGAUACGGCUUUACUAAAGAAGUGAUGCAGAAGUACAAGACCCAUGGGAGAGAAAUCCUCCAGCUUCUUCAGGACGUGUUCAGUCUGCUCCCAAUUGCUACUGUUAUUGAUAACAAAGUCCUCAUUGUUCACGGUGGCAUCUCUGAUGAAACCGACUUGGACUUUCUAAGCUCUGUGGAAAGGCACAAGGUAAAGUCCGCUUUGCAGCUCCCCAAGUGCAGUUUGGAUCACAUUCACGUCUGUGAUGCCAGCAAUGGCAAGGGGAAGCAUAAGAGCAACUGGCAGAGCAGUAGCUCCUCUUCCUCCUCCACCUCCUCGUCCUCAUCCUCACUGUGCUCACCCCGGGGAUCACGGCGAGCUCCGCCCUCCCCCAAACUCCCCAGCCCUGCCGACAUACUGCAAGUUCCCUUCCUCGACUCCAUAGUGUCCCUUGCUCUUCCCGAGGCUCCGAGAGAGGAGCUGGAGUGGAAGCAGAUCGUGGACGUGUUGUGGAGCGACCCGAAGACACCGAACGGAUGCAGUCCGAACUAUUUCCGCGGAGGCGGAUGCUACUUCGGCCCUGACGUUACAAGGCGGCUCCUGGAAAAGCACGGCAUGCGCCUUCUUAUCCGAUCCCACGAGUGCAAGCAGGAGGGCUAUGAGCUUUGCCAUGAUGGACAGGUAAUCACUAUUUUCUCGGCAUCGAACUACUACGAAGAAGGCAGCAAUCGUGGUGCAUACAUUAAGAUGGGUCCUGAUUUGAUCCCACGUUUCUUCCAGUACCAAGUGAGCCGCAGCACAAGAAAGCUCACCCUGCAACAGAGAGUCAGUGUGGCUGAAAGCUCAGCUUUAAAGGCCCUGCAGGAAAAGCUGUUCGCUCAUCGCUCUGAACUCAUGGCUGCCUUUAAGCAGUAUGAUCUCUACAACACGGGCAGGAUCUCGACCAAUGACUGGGCUCAAGCGGUGGAAUCGGCGCUGAGAUUGGAUCUGCCAUGGCGGACUUUAAGGCCCCGUCUCGUGCGCCUGGCCUCCGACGGAAACGUAGAAUACGAGUCAUGCUUCGAAAACAUUGGCCCAGGGCAGCCUGUCCCACAGGUGGCACCAAACUUGGCAGAAACCCUGUACAGGUACCGAACUGACCUUGAGACCAUCUUCAACAUCAUCGACAAGGACCAUUCAGGUCAGAUUUCCAUCGAGGAGUUCCGCCACACGUGGAAGCUCUUCAGUUCUCACUUGGGCGUGGACGUGGACGACCGAGCCAUCGACGAAAUGGCACGCAGCAUCGAUUUCAACAAGGAUGGCAGCAUCGAUUUUAACGAGUUCCUCGAGGCCUUUCGGGUCGUACAUGUGAAGGAGCAACAGCACAGCUGAAAAAACACCUGAAGAAAUGUUCAUUAAAUAUUUGCGUUCACAUUCGUUUGAAUUCGGUUAGAGCAGAUUUUAAGUGCACUUAACAAUUACAAUUCAAUAAAAGGUAAAAAAAAAAAAUCGUCUUAUAUUAUUA